CCCAGACUCCCACUCACAUCCCGUUCUCUCACACGCACAACGGGACAGACAAGAAGACGGAGGUCCGUUACAGCCAACUGUUCUCUCCACAUUUUACAACAAAAAAGUCGUAACCAUGGGGAAGGGAUGCAUCACGGCAACUAAGUACUUCCUGUUCCUCUUCAACCUCCUCUUCUUUAUCUUUGGAGCAUUGAUCAUGGGCUUUGGACUGUGGGUUCUCCUGGAUAACCAGAGCUUCAUCGCAGUUCUGCAGGAAUCCUCUACCACCCUGAAGGUAGUGUCCUACAUUUUCAUCAGUGUGGGGUCUCUCUCCAUGGCCAUGGGCUUCCUGGGCUGUAUAGGAGCCAUCUAUGAGAUACGCUGCCUGCUGGGCCUGUACUUCACCUGCCUCCUGCUCAUCCUCAUUGCCCAGGUAACCGCUGGGGUGCUCAUCUACAUUCAGAGAGACAGGCUGAAGCAUGAGAUGUCCAACAUCAUCAAGGGGAUGUUGGUCAACUACACUGGUCAGAACAGGACCACAGAACACACCUGGGACAUUGUACAGAGGACAAUGAAGUGCUGUGGUUGGACUGGCCCAGGCAACUGGUUGGAGAAUGUAUGGAUCAGGAACAGUUCUGUCUCCAUGUACCCCUGCUCCUGUCGGAACGAAACCCUGCCCGGGACAGACGUCAGGGAGACAGGGCUCUGUGAACACUUGUCCAACGACCUGCCGGUCUACGAAACGGGCUGCAUGCAUAGUGUGGAGGGCUGGUUUCUGGAGAACUGUGGAGUUAUUCUUGGAAUCUGUGUUGGAGUGGCAGUCAUUGAGCUUCUGGGAAUGAUCCUGUCUAUGUUCCUGUGUAAAAGUGUUGUCCAGGAGGACUACACCAAAGUACCCAAGUACUGACUAUGAAGACCUGAAGACAGGAAAAGCUAUACACCACACACAGCAUAGAAGCACAGACAUGCAGACACACACUCUGACAGUGAAACACAGACACGCAGCCACACACUCUGACAGUGAAACACAGACACAGUGUCCGGACACACACACACACACACACGCCCUCUCAAUCAAGCACAACGUAUGGGCCUGUAUCUUUUUGGACACACACAUUUUGCCUUAUCUUUCAUCAAAUGACUUGGUUUUAGAAGACACUCAUCUUUAGGUAUUAAUGAAUUCAACGGUGGGAUAUAACGUAUCUGAUGGAGUGAGUGUGAACAAACACCCAUGUGAACCCAGGAUGUUCCUCAGUUCUCAUCUGUUAUUUUCUGUCUCUUCCUGAAGCGCUUAAUCGGGGUUGUUACGUAAUUAGUUAGCAAGCUAGCUUUGUUUGUGAGAGCACUUUAGUGACUUUUUGUGAGCUGUUGAUCAGUGAGACAGAGAGAGGACCUGGACCUGUGCUGAUCUAGGAUCAGGUAUCCCCUUUCCGUUCUUUGUCUAUUCAUUAUUAUCUAAAAGGCAACUGAUAGUAGAUCAGCACUCCUACUUUCUGAAGAUGGGCUUUGGGGAGGAGCUUGAGAUGCAACACUAUGGAACACUGUGGAGGGGGUACUGCAGGAGGGGUAUCCCACAGCUGCUAUUUGUGGUGCUGGGGUGGGUUUUACUUUUUACUCCACUCUUUCAUCUGUCUCUCCACGGAGGCCUUAGUAUCUAUCUCCUGCCUUCAUCUGCCCUCCCUCUUUCUUACGGGUGUGUCUGGUCUGACUGGUCUCCGGGAAAACGAGUAGCUACCAAGAUGAAUUCAUAGAUUUCAUGAAGUAUAUUAUACACAGAGUGUGCAAAACCUUAGGAACACCUUCCUAAUAUUGAGUUGCACACCUUUUUUUUGCCCUCAGAACAAGUCUCAAUUCGUCGGGGCAUGGACUCUGCA